UGUGAGGGUAGGAAGCUGACUCGGUGUGCUGCUGUGUUUUGCACUUAAUUAAUCUCACCUUUCGUCUCAUUUUAGUCAAACUGGAUCGAUGGUCCCCUAAGAGUAGACUGUCUGGAUCAUCUAUCAGACACACAUCGACUCUAACUGGAUAAAAGAACAAGCAGGGAGGGUGGAAAACAGGUGAUCCGACGUGCCCUUCUUCUGCGCCCUGGACGCACAAGGAAAUGCAAUUGUUUUACAACCCACCACGACGCACAAGAGGACAUGUGUGCGCACCAGCGAUUGCAGCUGAACUUCACUUCCAUAGCCUAGAGUGAUCUGGAUAUUGCCACUGUGGUCUGCAUCUGCGCUCAGUCUCACGCGUGGUUUGGAUUUUGACACCAACAAGUGGAAAAUGGAUCAGUGUCCCUUUACUGGUACUCUGAUCCAAGGGGGCACAGAAAGGAUCGGUUUGGUUUAAUGUGGAGGGAACGGCUGUGCUGAUAUUCCACUCGGUGACAUAUGGACUGUGAUCACAGGUUUGAAGCUAUCGACCCGCCGCCACUCCACAGCGCGUCCUCGGCGGGACUGGAGCAGACAGAGCCCGGGACGCUGAGGAAUGCAGAACCGAGAUUUUGUCUUUUUCAAUUCACCUGCGGAACUCUUCGCAGCGCAUACCAAACCGACCCACGAAACCGGUGAGCCCACGGGACGCCAUGCUGAGGCAGAUCCUCCUCAACUCAACCGACAACCCGGACUUCGACCUGGUGCUCAUGGCCCAGUCUUCCACGCACGCCCCCACGUCCCUGAACACCUCCCACGGUGGCUCGGUGAGCGUGGCCGCACUUCUGAGACCCACCACGGGGCGUGGGGGAGGAGGACUCCGGGAAGGCGAACUCCACAAACCAGACCUGAUCACCUACAUAGUCAUGUGCCUACUGCUCUUCCUGUUAGUGCUGCUCAUUGUGUUCUUCAUUAACUGUCAGCUUCGGAACUCUUUCUUCGCCUCCAUGCCAUAUGACAGGUCACUGAGAGAGGCCCGGACCUCUUACAAGUAGGUUCUAGACCCAACAGCAAAUUCAGGACGAGCCUUUAGGACUUCAGUGGGACUCUGUGAAGUGUUUAGGACUGUCAUGCCAAUCUCCUACUGCUGCUGCACGUUUUAGACAUGAUGCUGAUGCCUUUUUUUGUUCAGUUGUCUUGGAGCCUAAAAACCCUGAGGUCCACUAUAAGACUUACCAUGACCAGCUGGGAGCUUCUUUAUGCCAAACUUUCCACCCCUUUCCCAACCCUUCUGACCACAUGGGUGCCAUUUCAACAGAUUGGUGUUGUGUGUGGGCCUGCUUCAAGUAAAAUCCAUGGUCAAAUUACUCACCACUUUCUGUUAUUGAUAUUUAAAGACUGAUAUCUAAAACAAUCCAUCUCUUACUGAAGCUCUUGUGUGGAAUUGAACUAAAAGGGUCACCCCAUUUAUUAUAUAAAAAAAUACAUAAAUAAUAAUAAUGACGUGCAAGCACUGAUUUAUUGCUUAUAAACUUGUAGGGUGAGAAUUCACACUAUUUUACUCUGACCAGGUCCUAGUUUUAUUUUCGUGGAGACGUGACCCGCCUUGCCAUAGAAGGGGCCUGCAGUAUGUUUACCUGGUUGUACAAUAUUUUGUAUACUGAUGUUAAUUUGUCUUGUCUUGUGAAUUGAUGCAGUCGACACAAUUUUCACCGUUGUUUAUUGUAAAAUGGUGAAAAAUGAAAUCCUGAAGGCCCAUCAUCAUAUAAAGAUAUUCAAAUGUA